AUGCCGCUGCGGCCAACGGACACGUCGCCUCAGAUCGGCACCGCGAGUGGCACUGACUGCUCCGGCAUAAUUGCUGCCCUCGGCUCCCAUGUUCAGAGCGACGUGUGGCGCAAGGACAAGGGCAUGCGGCCAGUCAAGGUUGGCGCCCCCGUCUUUGGCAACAUCUUUGGCAACAAGCCCUUGCGACCUCGCAAUGGCGUCUUUGCGGGCUACGUCGCUAUGCCCAACCGCUUGAUCUGGCACAUGCCCGAGGUUAUGACCUUCUCCACCGCUGCCAUGCUCCGAGCUGCGCUCGCGUCCGUGAGAUUCCCCCUCUUCAACUACACCAAGCCCACCAUCCUUGUCUGCUUCCGAGCCGCAUGGACGGCAGCCGCGGCCCUGUCGGUCUUUAAAGCUGGUCGGCCCAUCAUCACAGCCGAGCAGGCGACUCAUCUGGACUAG